AGAGCCGCGAUGUUUGACCUCAGCGGCUGGCUCUGCAGUCAGCGAACAAGAUAGCGCCGAUGUGAAGGAUAAACCUCAUAUUUAGGAGUAGCUUAUAUUUUCUGCAGACCCUGAAGUGGAAAGAAGUUGACAUUGAUGUCAUUUGGUGGGAUGCCAAACGGCGGUCGCCGCAGUAAGUGGGACCAGCCGGGACCCGGCUCCAUGGGGGAUGCCGAGGCAGCGCCAACCGGAGCGCUUGAUGCAGCUGCCGCCGUUGCGGCCAAGAUCAAUGCCAUGCUGGUGGCCAAGGGCAAACUGAAGCCCUCUCAGAUCGGGGGACCAGGCCCGGUGGAAAAGACUGUGCCUGGUAAGCCUCCCCCGCCUGCGAAGGCCAAGGAUGACCUGGUGGUGGCUGAGGUGGAGAUCAAUGACGUGCCCCUCACCUGCCGGAACCUCCUGACGCGUGGACAGACUCAAGACGAGAUCAGUAAAGUGAGUGGUGCAGCAGUGUCCACUAGGGGGCGUUAUAUGACAGUGGAGGAGAAAAACAAGGCCCUGCCAAGUGAACGUCCACUUUACCUGCACGUCCAAGGCCAGACCAGGGAAAUAGUGGACCGAGCGGUGAAUAAGAUAAAGGAGAUCAUCACUAACGGAGUGGUGAAGGCUGCCACCAGCUCCAGUGCUCCAGUACCUCCAGUGUUCCAACAGCCUCCGCCCCCUGCACUGCCCCCUAUGCCUCAGAAACCACACUACCCAUCAGGAGGGAUGCACUAUGUGCAGGACAAGUUGUUUGUAGGCCUGGAGCAUGCGCUGCAGGGCUUCACUGUGAAGGAGAAGGUGGAGGGUCCCGGCUGUUCCUUCUUACAUCACAUCCAGACGGAGACGGGGGCUAAGGUUUUCCUCCGGGGCAAGGGAUCGGGAUGCCUGGAGCCCGCAUCGGGCAGAGAGGCCUUCGAACCCAUGUACAUCUACAUUAGUCACCCCAAACCUGAAGGCCUUGCAGCAGCUAAGACUCUCUGUGAGAACCUGCUACAGACAGUGCAUGCGGAGUACUCUCGCUUCCUCACACAGAUGACGGCCAUGGUGCCCACACAAGGUUUCAUGCAGCCUCCGCCGAUGAACGGGCUGCCUCCCCACCCCCACCCCCACCCCCACCCCCCCUACUGCCCGCCUGCACCAGGCUUCCAGCCGCCGGGCUACCCCAUGCCCAUGCCCCCUCCUCACCCGCAGCCCAUCCCCCCUCCCUACAUGGUUCCACCGCAGAUGCCCGCCGUACCACCGGCCCCCGUGCCGCCACCGCCUGGCGCCCAGUUCUCCAUCAACCCCGCGCCACCCGUCAUGCCACAGGCUCUGCCCCCGGCUCCUUUCCCUCCGAUGGUCCCCGUGCCCCCUAAGCCCCCUCCCCCUGUCUCCAUGGCCAACCCGCCCCAGAAGCGCCGCUUCACUGAGGAGGUCCCUGAGGACAACGGAGGACUGCUGGGGUACCAGCAUGGACCCAUUCAUAUGACUAAUUUAGGUGCAGGCAUCUCUGUGGCCACCCCCGAGCCUUCAGGACCCCUGCCGCCUGGUCCCUCCGGGCCCCCUAAAGAGAGGGACUGUAGGCAGCUAAUGCCCCCGCCCCCCAUGCCCGUGAACGGAGGAGUGCCAAGGCCGCCCAGGAUGGAGGAGAGGAGGCCACCAGUCUGCAGCGUGGAGCCCUCAGUGAAACGCAUGAAGACAGGCCUGGUGGCCUACGCUGGAGACUCGUCUGAUGAAGAGGAGGACCACUCUGUUUCUAAAGCCCUCGGGGGGGCAGGUAACUCCCCAGCCCUCUUCACCUCCUCCUCCCUCACCAUCCCCUCAUCCUCUUCCUCCACAGGGUGGACGUUAGGGGGCCCGUACCGCACCCCAGCUCCCCCACCCCCACGCCCCAAAACGCAGCCGCCCCAAUCGAUACCUUUCUGGAUGGCUCCAUGAGGUGGGGGAUGGGAUGGAGUGCUGGUGAAGAGGGGGCGGGAGGAGGUAAAAUGUAUAAUGUCCCGCUACAGCUGAACCCUAAUUUUCCUUCUUCUACUGAGGCAUCGGCCAUUCAAACCACUGCAUACCAAACCCCGUCCUGUACAAAAAAACACCUUGCAACACACACACACACACACACACACACACACACACACACACACACACCCCACUCACACACACACACACACACACACACACACACACACACACACACACACACACACACACACACACACACACACACACACACACACACUUUUAUUACAGUGUGGGGGCCUGACAUAGUUGUGAGGGCUCAUUAGCAAAGAGUGAGAUGAGAGUCCCUACCACACACACACACACACACACACACACACACACACACACACACACACACACACACACACACACACACACACACACAAAGAGGAUUGAAGUGAAGUGUGGAGGGCUUGUUUCAGCUCUGGGCUGUGGUCAUGAAAUGGCUGUGGACUCUUCCUUGGCAGGAGACAAAAAAAAAGACUUGAGACAAAAAGACUGGAGAGACGAGACUGGAUCUAGACAUGGAUAAUAAAGGAUUAAAAGGCUCUGGUGAAGAAGGCAUGGAUGGCGUGAUUAUGCCGUAUCAUGGACAAGGUGUUUCUGCUCCGUGCUGUACCGUAUGUGCGGUUGGCACGCAGUCUCGUAAGGUGGUGACUAGCUCACCGGCUUAAACUGGAAAGUGAACUUUGGUAACUUUCUCAAGAACUGUUUUGGAGUUUAAGUGCGUAGACAACAAUAAACAGUGAAUCAUUGUUUCUAAUUGUA